AAUAAACCCGGCAACUGAGCCUUUUCUCCACAGACAAGUACGAGCUGAAGACUCCACACAGAAAGAAACUAAAUACAAGUUUUCUCUGUAUUUUUUUGUACUCUAAACAUCUGGACUCCUAUUCAACUUUUUUUUGUUGCCUCUUUGGAAAUUGAUUUCUUGUUCUAAAAAUAAUAAUAAAAAUUCACAUUUUAUUCACUUUUUCUUCUCGUCGACACCCGUUGAACCGUUGGCGAUGUUUCCCGAGGCAAACACAGGCUACAGCUACGAGGACUGUCAGGCCACGGCCGAUUGGCUGAUGACCCAGACGGACGUCCGGCCCACCGUGGGCAUCGUGUGCGGCUCGGGGCUCGGAGCGCUGGCCGACAUGCUGAAGGACCAGGUAGCCUUCAACUACAAGGACAUCCCCAACUUCCCGCAGAGCACCGUGCACGGACACGCAGGUCGGCUGGUAUUCGGCACCUUAAAGGGGAGGCCGUGUGUUUGCAUGCAGGGACGCUUCCACCUGUAUGAGGGCUACCCCAUCCAGAAGAUCACACUGCCCAUUCGCAUCUUCAAGCUGCUCGGGGUGGAGACGGUGGUGCUGACCAACGCCGCCGGAGGCCUCAACCAGGACUUCAAAGUGGGAGACAUCAUGAUCAUCAAGGACCACCUCAACAUGCCGGGCUUCGCCGGCAUCAACCCGCUGUCGGGACCCAACGACGAGAGGUUCGGCGUGCGUUUCCCCUGCAUGUCCGACGCCUACGACCGAGAGCUGCUGCAGAUGGCCGCGGACGUGGGCCAGGAGCUCGGCUACGGAGACUUCCUGAGGGACGGCGUCUACUGCGUGCUGGGCGGCCCGUCGUUCGAGACCAUCGCCGAGUCGCGCAUGCUGCACAAGCUGGGCGCCGACGCCGUCGGCAUGAGCACCGUGCACGAGGUGAUCGUCGCGCGCCAAUGCGGGAUGCGCGUGUUCGCCCUGUCGCUCAUCACCAACCUGGCGGUGAUGGACUACGACAGCGAGGAGAAGGCCAACCACGAGGAGGUGCUGCAGACCGGCAAGCAGCGGGCGGAGCAGCUGGAGCGGCUGGUCUCCACCAUGGUGACCCGGAUCGAGCACAACAACAACGACGUCUAACGACGUCAGGGGGCGGAGCUUAGGAGGCGGAGCAGAGUAGGAGGCGGAGCUUAGUAGGACUUAAAGUUGUGUGACUGAGGGGGGCGGAAAGUGGUUUCAUAUCGAAGCUGUUGUGCCAAAGUUUAUUAUUUAGGUGCUUUUAGUCUUCGGUGAAAAGAUACUAAUAUAGCAUCUCCUCUGAAGAAUCUCACUGCAGAUGUAUACAUGAAAUGCACAACCAUUGUUUUCCUGUCGUCUUACAUUCCUCUGCCGAAGAAAAACGGCGUUGUUUUUGUAUCAUUCUAAACAAAAAGUAUUUGUUCUAAGUUUAAAAAACGUGUGAUCAUUGUAAAUGUCGUCGAUUUAACUUAACAAUGAGCUAGAAGAAGUUAUGUAAUGUGAAGUUGUCGAUGUUAUGAUGGUGAAGUGUGUAUAUUACUUAACUGUGCUUGCUUUUUUUCAUAUUCAUGUUGUUACUAAAAAGGUAUUAUUUAUUAUUA